AUGGCAGAUGGAGGUGGGAGUCAUGUUUAUGAGGGGUGGCUAGAGAAAUCUACCGAUGCCACCAAACAAAAAGGUUUGCUCUCCCUUAAGAAAUCAAGUUCAAGUUGGAAAAAGUUAUAUUUUGUUCUCCAGAAAGAACGCGACAAGACUGAGAAUAAAGAGUACAGUGUUCUCAUUCAUUACGAAAAGAAACCAGUGAAACCAGAAAAUGCAAACAGAUUCAAAGGUAAAACCAAACUUUGGCCCCACUACAAGAUAGAAAAGUGUUUUGGUGUAAAAGGCAAGCACUAUGUCUUUGCUAUCACAACACCAGAUGAGAAGUUGCGCCUCAAUGCAGAAAAUGAAAUCAAUCUUGAUCUGUGGGUGUUUUAUUUACAGAUGCAAACUAAGCUACGUGUAGAUCUUCCAGGGUCAUGUUUUAUUGUCACAGCAACAGAGACGGAUGAUCAUAGAAAAAUUGGUACAUUGGGAGCUAAGUGCUUAUUGCAUCUAUCACCAUGGGGUGUUACUCUGGCUCUGCAGAAUUCUAGAUGUCUGGUUGGUCAGUGGCCGCUGAAGUGUGUCAGAUCGUUUGAAAGUUCUGAUGAUGGUAGAUUCAACUUUGAAGCUGGGCGUUCAUCACCGAUGGGAGAAGGAGACUAUCAAUUCCUAACUCUGCCUUCCGAAGAUAACUUCAUGUUUGAUUUACUGGAUCAGUUCACUGCUCAGUCGAACAAAAAUCUGAAGUCAAUCACAGAAAGCAGGAGGAAUUCUAAAAAAGAAAUUGAUGAAGUGGCAGAAGAAUACGAUUGCUUGAGAUUGGCCACGUUUGGUUUGUUACCAACUCCAGUCUCUGAACAGUUGUCAGUUUCAGCAUGUAUUGACGUACCAGCAGCAGCACCAAGACCUGCUUUGCAUCAUCAAAUCAGUUCAGAAUCGUCAGAAGCUCGGUACCAUGUCUACAAUAGGCCAGAAUCCAUCUAUCUUGUGGAGCAAUCGACUCCUGCUCUUCCUGAGCGACCAACAAAUGGCUUAAAAAUUAUGAGGUCACCGUUAGAAAAUUCUGCUCAGCUGAAUCAACACAGAGCUCAUCCAAUGCAAAAAUCGGAACUACACAGACUGAAGGACGACAAAGGAUCCUAUAUUGAUAUGUCACAGACCAACUUAAGUAGUUUUAAGGAUGAGGAUUCAUGGUGGAAUAUGUCAGGGGAGUUUAGGUCUCCAAGUGACAGCAUGUCACCCCAUGGAGAGACAGGAAAGAAGCCUAUUCAGUUGGAGCAAAUAGAUGCAUCUUUUAAACUUGAACCCUCAGGUGGAGCAGUGAAAAAAAAUGCCAGCAAGGUUUCCAACCCAGGUUCUGUUAAAAAGAAACGGGCAUCAGGUAGUCCGUAUGAACAUAUGACUUCACCUGCAGCAUCCUACGAGAACACAACAUUACAACAUUCUAUCCUCAGUAGCUACGAGAAUUCGCCGUUAAUAAAACCCAGUAACAGUUUUAAAUCAUAUGAAAAUGAAGCUUUUGUGAACUCUCCAUCAUCCUUCACAAGGAGUUUGCCAAAGAGGUUUCAUUUCAAAGAUCGGGCACAGUCUCAGGAUGAUAGUGUAAUCAUGGCACCUCAUACUCCUGAAGAAUACUCCAACUUAAACUUAAGAAGAACUGGCAAAGUUCCUCCAUACCUUGAGUUAGAAGAAGAAAGUAAAACGCCUAUACUCUUUAGCCCUCCAUUUAAGCUGGCAAGAUCGGCCUCAUGUGAUAAUCUUUUUGAGAGACUCUCCUUAAGUCCUGGACAUGAAUGUUCUUCAAUAGCUGACAGGCCUCUACCAGAUUGGCUUCCACAUAGAAGACUCCCAGCACCCCCACCUGGGACAGUGCAUCUUCGGUGUAUGCACAGUUAUUUGGAUAUAGACAUAAAGGGUAUACAAGUCAAUAGAGAUAAAAGGAAGAAAUUUAGAAGGCAUAACUAUGUUGAUAUCGAUGGAGAUUCAUCGUCGUAUGAGCAUGUACGCCCAACGUUAAACAGGUCAUACUCAGAUUCAAAUAUUCUUGGUGACCUACCACCACCAUUACCUGACUGGCCACCAUCACAGAACCCAAUUAAACCAGCCAGUCAUUCCACAAGUAUUGACAUUCCUAACAGAAAAAAAUCCAGUAAAAAUAUAGUGAAACAGGUUUCUACUGAUGGAGCUGAUGAAUCUGCAGCUAGCUCAGCUCCAAUUAAUCUUGUGAAGUCAAAAUCACCAUCAAGCAUGAAGGGUUUUAAAACUUCUAGUAAGACUAAGAUGUUUACCAAGUCACCUCCAGAAACGGAACUGUCAAUCUAG